UGGGCCAGGGCGGUACGAAGCGGGGGUGGGCCCUGCGCGUAAUGGCAGCUCCGUGGCCUCGCGUCCAUCUUUACCGCUUUCUUGGACCUGUCACAAAGGAGUCUCGCUGCUGCCGCUGCCCCCUACCUCCGGCUGGCUCCGGAGCUAGAGAAAAUAGUACAAUGUUAUCAAGUUCCUUUUCCACUGGAAAAUUGGUGGGGCCACCAGCCUUCUCAUAGUGAAACUGAUGCUUUAACCACAGGCUUCAGGACUGCUCGUUUAUGACCAGGCUUCCCCAUAGCUGAUAAUGUUGGAGAUCAGCUUUGCAAAUUUCUUUGGCGUUCAGUCAUUAAAAACAAAUAGGAUGCAAGCUCAACUGCAGAUUAUGAAAACAGUACUUGGAAAACUGAAAACUAUCUAAAUGAUUGUCCUUGGUUGGGCCGUGUUCUUAGUGAGCAGAAGCCUUGGCCAGGGUCUGCUGUUGACUCUUCAGGAGCACAUAGCCAACCUACUGGGGACUAGAGGUGCUGCUGCUACCAUGGGUAAUUCCUGUAUCUGCCGAGAUGACAGUGGAGCAGAAGACAGUGUUGACACCCACCAGCAGCAGGCCGAGAACAAUGCAGUCCCCACUGCUGACAUGAGGAGCCAACCCCGGGACCCUGUGCGGCCACCAAGGAGGGGUCGAGGACCACAUGAACCAAGGAGAAAAAAACAAAAUGUAGAUGGGCUAGUGCUGGAUACACUGGCAGUAAUACGAACUCUUGUAGAUAAUGAUCAGGAACCUCCCUAUUCAAUGAUUACAUUACAUGAAAUGGCAGAAACAGAUGAAGGAUGGUUGGACGUUGUCCAGUCUUUAAUUAGAGUUAUUCCGUUGGAAGACCCAUUGGGACCAGCUGUUAUAACAUUGUUACUAGAUGAAUGUCCAUUGCCCACUAAAGAUGCACUCCAGAAACUGACUGAAAUACUGAAUUUAAAUGGAGAAGUAGCUUGCCAGGACUCAGGUCAUCCUGCCAAACACAGGAACACAUCUGCUGUCUUAGGCUGCCUGGCUGAGAAAUUAGCAGGUCCUGCAAGUAUAGGUUUACUUAGCCCAGGAAUACUGGAAUAUUUGCUGCAGUGUCUGAAAUUACAGUCCCACCCCACAGUCAUGCUCUUUGCACUUAUCGCACUGGAAAAGUUUGCACAAACAAGUGAAAAUAAAUUGACUAUCUCUGAAUCCAGUAUUAGUGACCGGCUUGUCACAUUGGAGUCCUGGGCUGAUGAGCCUGAUUAUUUGAAACGUCAAGUUGGUUUCUGUGCCCAGUGGAGCUUAGACAAUCUCUUUUUAAAAGAAGGUAGACAGCUGACCUACGAGAAAGUGGACUUGAGUAGCAUCAGGGCUAUGCUGAAUAGCAACGAUGUCAGCGAGUACCUGAAGAUCUCACCUCAUGGCUUGGAGGCUCGCUGUGAUGCUUCCUCUUUUGAAAGUGUUCGUUGCACCUUUUGUGUGGAUUCUGGAGUGUGGUACUAUGAAGUGACAGUAGUCACUUCAGGCGUCAUGCAGAUUGGCUGGGCCACUCGAGACAGCAAAUUUCUCAAUCAUGAAGGCUAUGGUAUUGGAGACGAUGAAUAUUCCUGUGCGUAUGAUGGCUGCCGGCAGCUGAUUUGGUACAAUGCCAGAAGUAAGCCUCAUGUGCACCCAUGCUGGAAAGAAGGAGACACAGUAGGAUUUCUGUUAGACUUGAAUGAAAAGCAAAUGAUCUUCUUUUUAAAUGGUAACCAGCUGCCUCCUGAGAAACAAGUCUUUUCAUCUACUGUAUCUGGAUUUUUUGCUGCAGCUAGUUUUAUGUCAUAUCAACAAUGUGAGUUUAAUUUUGGAGCAAAACCAUUCAAAUACCCACCAUCUAUGAAAUUUAGCACUUUUAAUGACUAUGCCUUCCUAACAGCUGAAGAAAAAAUCAUUUUGCCAAGGCACAGGCGUCUUGCUCUGUUGAAGCAAGUCAGUAUCCGAGAAAACUGCUGCUCCCUUUGUUGUGAUGAAGUAGCAGACACACAAUUGAAGCCAUGUGGCCACAGUGACCUGUGCAUGGAUUGUGCCUUGCAACUGGAGACCUGUCCAUUGUGUCGUAAAGAAAUAGUGUCUAGAGUCAGACAGAUUUCUCAUAUUUCAUGACACCUGUGAAGAUGCAUCAUGGACUCAUUUCUACUCAAUUCCAGCCAAUGUCAAAAAAGAAAAACGAAAAAUCGAAUCAGUUGUACGCACAUUGAAACUUACAGCCAUGACCAGAUUUUAUGCUAAAAAUAUGGUAGAUUAUCAAAGACAAAAUUCUCUUAGACUCUAACUUGCUGGCCCUGAGAAAUUCCUUUAAGGCCAAGAAAUGCUGAAUGCUAGCAGCCAGGCCUGUGGUAUUUCCAUGAAAAACAAUAGGGAGACAAUGCCCUCCUGAGUGCCGAAACUACACCGGAAUUCUCCGUGCUGUGUUCAUCAUUUGAUCGGUUAGCACGGGACAUUUUGUGUCAUAGUCUAUAAAGUUUUUAUUUUGGGGAGAAGUUAUGAUGGAGAAGUAAAUGACAGCAUUUCUGGGUUAAGAUUACUUCUCAAUGGUCAGAGAGACACCAGAGUGUUAAGUAUGGAUGUUGCACUGUAAGACUUGGAUCUAUAAAAUUAGAUUCACACAGGUCAGUCCUAUAACCAACAUGGAAAACCUGAAAGAAGGUGCAUAGACUGUAGAAAAAACCCAAAUUUUUUUAUAUUUCAGUGAUUCCAAAGAACAUUCUAGGUUUUUUUAACUGCAGAAAAUUGGUGGUAUUUUCACAUUCAUGGUGUUUCUAUCCAAUUUCAGUACCCACAUUUUGUGAGGAAAAAAUGUUUUACCAAUGCAGGAGGAAUUCUUAAUUGUAAUGUUAGACUGGUAUUUAGGGUAUUUUUAAGGUACCAUCAAAUCAGGUUCUUUGCUUUUUGUUUAAAAAUUUUUUUUAAUCAGUAUUGUUUUGGAAGUAAUAUACUUUGGAACUCUCAAAUUAAUAGUCUCAAAAACUCUAAAGGACAGUCUGAGAACAUGUGUUCCUAUUGUUUUAAAUAAAUACAUGUUUUUGAAUAUUGAAUUCAA